AAAAAUAAUGAAUUUAAACUUAUAUUAAAUAAUAUAAUAUUCACAAAAACCUUUCAUGCUUACACUUUAACAUUAGUUCAUAGCCAAAAUGUCGCAGCAAUUAAUCAACGAAAACAGCAAAUAUAUUUUGGAUUUAUUUUCAGAGCAGACGGUAGACUCACAAACUCUAGAAUCAAUAUGUGCUCAAGUACAGAAAAGAUUCCCGAAGUCGGAUACUUUCAACUUAUGCCUCCUUUUAUCGUCAUUAAUCACUGGUGGUGACUUAACAUUGCCGGGACAGCGUGUAGUGGCACUGGCAUUAAUAUUUGACUUUUACAAAGUUGAUAAUCCAUUUAGCGCCUUAUUUCUGCAUUUGUUAGAGGGUAAACCUGGCUUACUACCGCUUGCGCCGCAGGAAAGACUUUUCAUUGGGCAAUUACACAAUUUUGUUCCAACAAAUAUCAAAGAUGUUAUGAAGAAGUCUGCAAAACAGGUGAUGCUGACUGAAGCGCCCGCAAAGGACUUGGAGUUUGACUACUCAUCCCUCCAAGCACUCAUCGCUGACAGAUCUACAGAUGUCAGUUCAAUAGCUCGGGCUAAUGCCCCAGCAUUGGUUCCUUUGAGUGAUGGGAGUCCACCAAACAGAAUGGCAAUGAAGGAGCUGUUAGAAGCUCUUAUGUCUAAUGAAUACAUGCCAUUACAUCGUACGCUCAAGCCAUCUGGGCCCAUACCACCACCAACAUUCCUGCUGGACCCUACAGAAAUAUCUUUCACUGAUGAGGCAGUAUGGAAAAAUCUGGCAAACAGAGGUGAAUACAUACCCAUGUACGACACUGAUAUUGAAGGACUCACCGGUAUCAAGGCACAGGAGAAGACUGAUCGAAGAAGCCAACAAAAAGAGAUCAAAGUGAAGGAGGAUAAGAAAGAGAAGGCAGACGAUAAGAAGUCAGAAGACAAAGACGGCAAAUGCGCUGAAGCUCGUGAGCUUACGCAGACCGCCCUGAAGUCGGCGCUGAGUGUGCCGCAACAGACGCGAUUGCUGGCGCUGCUAGACGCGCAGCCGGACCUCGUGUACGAGAUCGGCGUCACGCCAUACCAGUUGCCUGACCUGGUGGAGAACAAUCCGAUGGUGGCUAUAUCGGUGCUGCUGAAGCUGAUUAACUCGCAGCACAUCACCGAGUACUUCUCCGUGCUGGUCAACAUGGAGAUGUCGCUGCACUCCAUGGAGGUUGUCAACAGGUUGACGACAUCAGUAGACCUGCCUGUCGAGUUUGUGCACCUCUACAUCAGCAACUGCAUCAGCACCUGCGAGACGAUCCGCGACCGCUACAUGCAGAACCGCCUCGUGCGGCUUGUGUGCGUGUUCCUGCAGUCGCUCAUCAGGAACAAGAUCAUUAAUGUCAAGGAACUAUUCAUAGAGGUCGAAGCAUUCUGCGUAGAGUUCAGUCGUAUACGGGAAGCUGCUGCGCUGUUCCGCUUGCUCAAACAGCUUGACUCUGGGGAUGUCACACAUAAGGAGACCAAAGAGUAGCAUACAGAGAAUAUAGAGACGGGCAUAGAGCACACCACAGAGUAAAGAGGACCAGAGACUAUGGAAUAGUCAGAGUGGCUGUAGAGGAAUUUUGUGAAUUCUCAGUUAGUAUUAUUUCAUUUAGUAGCUAAAAGUUUUAGAAAUGGGUUUGAAAGACUUAUUUCACUUUUUCAGAUGAGGUACUGAGUGUGAUUUUUUUUUUAGAAAAGCAUAUCAUUAGUUUUUUAAGUUGAAAAUUGGAACAAAUUUAAGCUGCUGGACAGAUAUAAUAUAGACAUACAGUUUAUAAUCUUGCCAAAACGAAAAUACGAAAAAAUACGCUUUAAAGUCUAAAAUCUAUUUAUAGUCGUUAGCUCUUUCAAUGUUUUUAAAUCGUCCUAAAUGAUAGACACAAAAAUAUAGCUACAACAAAAUAUAUGUAGGUUAAUACAGAUACACAUACUUUUUUAACCUCUGGAAAAAAAACAGGAGUAAGUAUUUGUAAAGCUUUUUCAAAACACCUGGUUACAUAAUGGUUCAAGCUAGAUUAAAAUAAGCUCACAAUAAAGUUAAAAUUUGUAAUAUUAACACCUAGGAAUAAGUUAUUUCGU